AUGCCCGGAAACCGCGAGGUUGCAGUUGGCGGCGGCGCUGACCGGCUCAGUGACCUCCCCGACGGCAUCCUCGAGCACGUCCUCUCCUUCCUCCCGGCCGCGGACGCAGUGCGCACGUCCGUGCUCUCCAGGCGGUUUCGGACCGCCUGGGCCCACGCCCCCGCCCUCAACCUCUCCGACGGCCUCCUCAAGGGCCGGUUCCUCGGCUUCGCGCGUGAGGUGCUCGCGCGGUACGGCGCGCUCGACAUCCCCGCGCUCUACGUGACCAUCGGCUGCGAGUCCAACCUCGGCCCCGCAACCGCCGCGUGGCUCCGCGACACCAUGGAGCGCGCCACCGAAUCGGUCUCUGUCUCCGUGACGGCGCGGGGAGGAGCCCUGGACUGCUUGACUCUCCCACGCUGCCUGAGAGCCAAGUCAAUCGCCUUCAGACUGAGCGGCAUCUGCUUCCAGCACUGCCCGCUUGUCCUCCCGGAGCCCGGCGCACCGACGUGGUUAGGCGGGUUGACGGAGCUGAGCCUCUCGAUGGUGCGGCUGCAGAAACACGUGCGACCCCUCGGCGUGUUUCUGUCAUCUUGCUGUCCCCAGCUGAGGAAGCUGCGCCUUAGCAAGGUCAGUGGGGGCCUGGCUGCAGAUGGUGGGCUUACCCUGUGGCCGCUCGUGCUCCACUUGGACCUGCUGGAGGAGCUCGCGGUCGAUCGAGUCGAGACCUUUACCAAGCUGCAGGUGGCGUCCUCCAAUCUCCGCACCCUGGGUGUGCUCACCUGCUUCGAGUCUUUCUUACAGUGGGCCAUGGACACCGUGGUUGAGAUCUCGGCGCCGAGACUUGAGGAUUUCAGCUGGUCCGGCACACUCCCGAAGCACCUCAGCUUCCUGAACCUGAAUGGCAGUCAUUGCAUCCGGCGCCUGCGUCUGUGUGGUCUCCGUUUCUACUUGCCCGGGAAACAGAUCCGGUCUGCCAGCGCUGUGCGGUUACUGGAGAUGUGCUCUAGGGCCGACCAUCUCAUUCUUCGCAUUGACAUCCCAGACUCCACGUCUCCGCCCAUGUUAAACAGAGAGGAGUUGAAGCAUGUACCACACCUUCCUAAUAUCAGAGUACUCUCCCUGGAGAUGUUUUCGCUUUUGCAGCUUACCGGAUGUCCCAUUGCGCCAGUUAUCUCAUCCUUCCUCAGGCGAUGCCCCAACCUAACACAACUUCACAUUGACCUGUUGAAGCUGAACAUUUUCUCAAGGUUGAAUGCAGAGUGUUUUAUGGUUUCAUUUGAUUUGACCAAUGAAACUUGUGUCCCCCUCGGAUAUCAGGGUAACGAUGAAACUGAAAUGAAAAAGGCAUGGCAAAGCACUGACCGCGGCAUGUGGAAAAGGAAAACAUGGAGAGAUCAACAGCAGCUAAGCUCGCUUGGAGAGAUAAGGCUCGGUGGGUUCAUGGGAACAGACCGCGAGAUGGAGGUUGCUGGUCUUCUUUUCGGGGUUGGGGCUUCACAACCAGCACUUGAGGUGUGGAUGGCAGUUUUGCGUGCGGAGUAUUGUGGUAUGCCAUUGGUGCGAAGAUGA